ACCUCUCUCUCAUCCCACCCAUCCCUCCAUCCAACCAUUCCUUGACACUACUUUUUGUAGGUGGAAUUUUUGGGGCUGCGCACAUCCCCCUUUGGAUUCCUUACCGUUUCUGUCCCCGGCUUGAAGGAGAGGACAGGGGAGAGCUAGAAAGCGAUAGAAGAGAGGAUUUAGUACUGAAGAGAGAGAGUGGGAGAGGAGAGGGAUCAUGUCUGGACUCUCGGCAGUGUUGAAGAGCUGGGUCAUCCUGCAGACUCUGUGCCUGGCUCUGGCCCAAGUGAACGGUCCUCCAGGACCUCAAGGCAAUCCCGGUCCGCCCGGUCCCUCUGGCACCCCCGGGUCUGAUGGCAUUGAUGGGGAAAAAGGACCUCCUGGGCCUUCUGGCCUACCAGGGUUGAAGGGGGACCCAGGUGAGCCUGGUCCAGAUGGACCUCCUGGAGAGAACGGCAUCGACGGUUUGAUGGGACCAAAGGGAGACGGCGGCCCUAUCGGGAACCCUGGACCUAAAGGCCAGCCUGGACCUGGUGGUGAACCUGGACCCACUGGACCCGGACUGCCUGGACUGGCUGGAGCCCCAGGCCCAAUCGGCCUUCCCGGUGAGAUUGGACAGACUGGACCUACGGGCAUAUUGGGAGAACCUGGACCUCCAGGAAUUCCAGGACCUCCAGGAAAACCAGGUCCUCCGGGGAAGUUCUUGGGAGGAGAGGAGGGCAGUGCAGACUUCCAGUGUCCAAUCAACUGCCCAGCAGGGCCUAAGGGUCCCCAGGGUCUGCAGGGGGUCAAGGGACACAAAGGUCGUGCUGGUGUGCUGGGAGAGCCUGGCAGCAUUGGGAAACUGGGUACGAAGGGAGAGGUCGGCAUCUCUGGUGAGCAGGGAAUCCCAGGACCCCCGGGUCCUAUGGGAUUGAGGGGUUACCCAGGAAUGAUGGGCCCCAAGGCAGAGGCGGGCCCUCGUGGUUACAAGGGCAUCAAUGGACCAGUUGGUCAACCUGGACCCCCAGGUGAGGAGGGACCUCAGGGACCACCUGGAGAGGCUGGGGAGAAAGGAGAUUUAGGUGGUCGAGGUAUCAAGGGCCCACAAGGAGCUGUUGGCAAGAAGGGAGAGAACGGUCUGCCUGGUAUCGAUGGAAAGGAUGGCACUCCUGGCAUCCCUGGAAUCAAGGGUGCCCCAGGGCAGGCUGGGAGGCCUGGUGGUCCCGGUCACCAGGGAACAGCAGGUUUGCCUGGCAGCCCCGGAACCAAGGGUGGACCUGGAGGCAAGGGAGAGCCUGGUCCCAGAGGUCAUGUUGGAAUGUCUGGUGCCCCAGGACCUCAGGGUGAGCCUGGUCUUCCUGGUGAAGCUGGUAUGGAGGGCGUUCCUGGACCUAAGGGUGACAGAGGCCAGAGGGGAGCUGUAGGGCCACAGGGUAUUGUCGGCAAGGCUGGCAACAAGGGUAUGAGAGGGCCUAUGGGUGUCCCAGGGGCUCAAGGCAUCUCAGGAACCAAGGGAGACAAGGGAUUCCAAGGAAAAGUUGGGUCGAAGGGAGACUUUGGUGAUCCUGGUGUAGAAGGCUUGGCUGGGGAGAAAGGAGAGAAGGGUUUUGGUGGUGAGCCUGGACCCAAAGGACAGCAAGGAGUGAGGGGAGAGACAGGGUUCAAUGGCCCCACAGGAGACUCAGGCAAACCAGGAGACCAGGGACCAGGAGGACUGCCUGGGCCUCGCGGUCUCAAUGGGGAGAGAGGAGUUCCAGGCAUGCCAGGCAUUGUGGGGGCAGCAGGACGGGAUGCAUCAGACCAGCACAUCAUUGAGGUGGUUCUGAAGAUGCUGCAAGAGCGUCUGGCGGCUGUAGCGGUGAGCGCUAAGCGUGCCGUACUGGGUGGAGCCGGUGUCAUGGGUCCCCCUGGUCCUCCUGGACCCCCAGGAGCUCCCGGGGCUCAGGGCCCACACGGCCUCACCGGCGCCCGCGGCAUCCCUGGCAUGUUUGGAGCCUCCGGACAGAUCGGCAACACCGGACUGAAAGGAAAGAGAGGAGCGAAGGGAGACAGAGGAGAUCCUGGUAAACCACAUGCUGGCCAGCCAGGACCCCCGGGAAUAACAGGUCCCCCUGGUAUUGACGGAGUGGCUCGAAACGGUAAGCCUGGUGAGCGAGGCCCCCAGGGCUCGGCAGGAGAGGCUGGCCGUCCUGGUAAGGUGGGCCCCACUGGUCUUCCAGGGUUCUGUGAGGCUGCAGCCUGCCUAGCUGCCUCGGCCUACACCUCCCCCAGACUACAGGACUCCGCCAGGGUCAAGGGCCCAGGAGUCUAACCUGAGACCUCUCCAUCAACAGCCCCACAACACCAGGGAGAAAGAGAGAGACAGAAGAGAGAGAAGCAGGGAUAGAGGAGAGAGAGAAGAGAGAGAAGCAGGGAUAGAGGAGAGAGAGAGAGAGAGACAGAAGAGAGAGAAGCAGGGAUAGAGGAGAGAGAGAGAGAACUCUUCUUUAUUGGAUCCCAACGAGAGCGAGGAGUUGGGGAAAUACUAUCAUGACUGACAUUGCCCCUCUGACCCCUAAACUGACGACCUUCAGUUGAACUGUUUGGAGACUGUUUGCAACAUACACCAUGCCCAUCUACAUUAAAUCACCCUGAGGACAGCCACUCACAGCCAAUAACACCCCUCUGAAAUUACAAUCUCUGGUUUGGGAUUGGCUUUUUUCAGUGUCAGUCACAUCCAACUGCCUCACCCCCAACCACAGAGGGAAAUAGAAUGAUGCUGCAUUUAAAGCAACUGGGUGAUCAGAACUCUGAAAUCUCAGACUUCCAACUUUAGUGCGUUCAAGACAUCUGGGAACUCAUAAAAAACGAGCUCAGACUGGAAAAAAUAGUUUUGAACGGUCAUCCAACUUGGAAUUCUCAAGCCUCUUUCUAGAGCUUCAACUUUCCAACCUGAAGAUCACUGACGUCAUGAUUUUUUUCGGGUUCCCAGUUGUCUUGAACGCGUCAUGGGAGAAACGUAGUGACAUCAGAAUCAUAUCCAGUUUUGUCAAUGAUAAUGUCAUCAGCAGCAGCCGUAGCCCCUGGACUGGGAGGACUAGAGAUAGACUUUGUGUCUAAUGAUUGGUGCUUUUUUAUUUUAUAUACCGUGGUCACUUUAAAUGCUAUUGUUUAAUACCUGAAAUAUGAAUUUUUGAAUAUGUUUUGAAGCAGAAAAGGCAAGCAUAUGACCCACUCCACCCGCCACCAAACAACAAGUGGCUUACAAGUGUACACAAAAGUACCAAUAAAAGAUUAGGAUCAAAAUCCACGCUCCAUACUGUACCUUUGUAAGAUGUAUUGCUAAAAUCCUCGCCUAUAUGCUCGAGUGAAAUAGUGAAACGCUCAAGUGAAUUAUCUCACAUGUACAUUGCCGCCCCUUUCUACCUUUGCCUCAUUUUAGAAAACAUGUUUUCUUUAGCCUUGAUCUCUUCCUCUAGUUGACUGGCAACAGCACAUCCUGAUGGGCACUCCCAUCUAUUUCCCAUAAGUCAGUGCUGUACAACUUUGUAAAUGUUUGUCUUACUGUAAUCAAUCUUUCUAUGCCACUGUCAACGAGCUUCCACAGAGUCAAUCAAUGUCAUCAUUCUAAUAACAACUAGGACAUUUUAUUUUCAUUAACAGAAACUAUUUAUUGUUCUUUAUAUGAUUCAUCUGUAAAGACGUGUCAUUUCUUUUUUCCCCCUGGUUGUUCAGGUCAACCAAUUCCAAAACAAUACAAAAUAAAGUUUUGUAAAACCUGAA